GGGGCAAUGGAGGAGGACAACGCGCGAGCUCGAGCGCUCGUCCCAUACCAGCGCCGCCCCGUGCUCCGAUCUGGAACGCCACCGCACAGAGCGCGCUGUGCGUUGGCGGAGCGAGCACGCCGUCGGGCGCCCAACGCUCGCUGCGCCGCCCUGCUCAGCUCGGGCACGCGUACGCGCGCCUCAUGCUUGAUCGCCCAAAGAGCCGGCGCAUCGGCACGCUGCCCUGCCGCACCCCUGCCACCCAAGAUCGAAUCCCAGGAGACCGGCAGCAGGCACCGACGCGGCCGGCGACAAAAACGGCACUGCUGCGCCCGACCACCGCCGCUGCCAGAGCGGCGGCAACAGCAGUCGUCUGCGCGCGUGCGCGCCCUGCCCCGACGCCGGAUCCGCCCUCCUUCUUGGGCGAUUUUGCAAGCAGGUCGGGAACGCCCGCCCUGCUUUUCUAGCUCCUCUGGUAGCAUGACACAAAUGCACGUCCGACGCGAAUCGACGCCGCACGCGGGAACAGCAGCCGGAGCACGGCGGCUCCAGAGCACGGGGCGACCCGCGCGCCGCUCCAGACACGACACGCGCGGGGCAGGGCCCGCCUUCGCUCGGAC